AUGUCCACCACUGCACCCAUGUUUACCCCAGUAACAAGAGUGCAGACCAAUCGAGCAUAUGCCCCUUUUGCACACUACUCGCAAGCAAUAAAGGCCGGCGGCCAGGUCUGGCUCUCCGGCCAGAUCCCUGCGGACGCGCACGGUAAUCUCAUCAAGGGCUCCACUAUUGAGAAGGCUAAAGCCAUCAUCCAGAACACCGAAGCUAUUCUUAAAGAGGCCGGCUCCGGACUGGAUCGGGUUGUCAAAGUGGUUGCCUAUGUUAGAGACGCCAGUAUAAUGCCUGACUUUGCUUCUGUGUAUGAUCCCGCGUUUCCGCAUUGUCCGGCACGGUCUAUGGUGGAAGCAUCCAAAUUGCCUGCUGGAGUAAAUAUUCAGGUGGAUUUCAUUGCUGUUGUGUGA